CGGAAGCGGCGCCUCAUGGCGCGGGCGGCGCUGGCGGUGGCGCGGGCGGCGGAGCGAGCGGCGGGGCCGGGCCCGGGCCCGGGGCUGGGGCUGGGGCCGGGCCGUGCCCGCCUGGUGCUGCUGCCGCCCGCCGGGGAGCCGGCGGAGCGCGGGGGCCGGGCCGGCGGCGGGAGCGCCCCGGUGGAGCCGGGCCGGGUCGCACCGGAGCGGGGCCGCCCCGCCGAGUGGAGGGAGGCGGUGGCGGCCGCGGCCGGUGCGCUGCAGGCGGGCGGGCUGGUGGCCGUGCCCACGGACACGGUGUACGGCGUGGCCUGCCUGGCCCAGGACUCGGCCGCCGUGCGCAGCAUCUACAGCCUGAAGGGGCGGAACGGCAGCAAGCCGCUCGCCAUCUGCCUCGGCGACGUGGAGCGGCUCUACCGGUACUGCCACGUGAAUGUUCCCGACCAGCUGCUGCGGGACUUGCUCCCGGGACCGGUGACGCUGGUCCUAGAGCGUUCGGAGGAGCUGAAUAAAGACCUGAAUCCGUUCACAUCGCUGGUUGGUGUUCGCAUUCCAGACCACCCCUUCAUGAGAGACCUGGCACGAGCCUGCUCGGGACCACUGGCUCUGACGAGCGCCAACAUCAGCUCGCAGGGCAGCACCCUGACCGUACUGGAAUUCCAGGACUUGUGGCCUCAGCUGUCCUUGGUCGUUGAUGGAGGCCCCAUAGGAGACAUCCAGAGCCCAGAGUGUCGCUUGGGGUCAACUGUGGUUGACUUAUCUGUGUCAGGGAAAUUCUCCAUCAUCCGGCCUGGCUGUGCACUAACGCCCACAGUGGAAAUCCUGAAGAAGAAGUAUGGCUUGGUACCAGAAUCUUCCUAACCCUUGGGACUGGGAGCUGCUGGAGCUGGGCACUGUGUGCCUGUGCACUCAGGAGUGGGUGAUCAUGGCCUUGUUGAAUAAGGUCGAUGGGUUAUGUCAAGGUAAAUAAAAAAAUAUUAAAAAAUACUAGAAACCCCUUUUUGAGCUCUUUGUGCUGCUGUACUGUUCCCAAAUGUUGUGUUAUCUUGGUCAGGCUUUGUGAAUACAGUGACAAUGAAAGCUGAACUGUCAGGAUGGUGUGGGGAAGGGCCUGUGUGCCCCCCACUUCUGAGUGCUCCUCCUGUGCCAUCUGCACUGCAAGGAAAGCAGACAUGGAGCAGAGGGGUUUGGAGCUUUGAGGUUUACAGCUGUGCUGUCCUUUUCUCUGUUCUAAAUGUAAUCAAAACCUACGGAGAUGAAACUGUCAGUGCUUCUGGCUGCAGCAGCUCCUCCUCCUCCUCCUGGGGGCUCUGAAACGUGCUGGAGGUGGAGCUGAGCCAGGAGGGGCUCCUUUCCUACAGCUGUAUGGGGAGUGAUGCUCCAGAGGUGAGGAAUUGUCGGAACUCAAAAUGUCCCUCAGACAUUUUUGGAUGUUCUGGGUCCAGGU